UUAUUUUUAUAUGCAUUCUAGGGAAUCUGAUCGUGUAAUUCAUUCGUCCUGAGUUUUAUUUUGUGACGCGAAGCAGUGGAAAACCAUGCCUGACAACGAGGCUUUUAUGAAUCCCGUGGCUCCGCCAGGGUACGAAGACCACAAUCUUUCUCAGAGUGUGCGGAACAAGCUUAGCAAUGCGGAUUUUCGUAAACUGUUGAUGACCCCAAGGAGCACUGCGCCUUCGGCUACUGCUACUCCAGGACUUGGUGCGACGCAAUCUCAUCACGGACAAGGCUCUCACGUUCAUCAGAAGAUAGAUAUUAGAGGUGGCAGCGAUGCUAAAGCAGAAAAUAGGAGGAAGAAGAAGCAAACGUUUCUUGACCUGCUUAUCCGGACUUUAGAGCCUUACAAGUAUCGAAUUACUGAGUACAAUACUGUGAAUUACAGGUACUAUGCGAAGUUGAAAAAGCAAGAAGAUGAUGUCUUGGCAGACCUUGCCAAGAAAUACCGAGAUCGAGCUGCUGAACGGCGUGAAGACAUCAAGGGCACCGAGGAAAGUGAUACCCAGGCACAAAUGGCUGGUGGAUAUCGUGCCGUCGCUCCCGAUGCCAAAUCUGGCUUGGAUAAGGCUGAGCGUCGUCGGCAGAUGAUCCAAGAAUCCAAGUUCUUGGGUGGUGAUAUGGAGCACACUCACUUGGUAAAAGGUCUUGAUUAUGCGUUGUUGCAAAAAGUUCGAAGUGAAAUAGAAAUCAAGGAGAAAGUAGAAGAGGAGGAAUUGGAAGCGCUGGCAGAUGUUAAACCAGUUCCUAAUCAGAAACCCAUCCCAAGAACGACUGUUCCCGCUCAUGAUAAAGCCGAUGAGCCACAAUUCCGUACUAAGAUCGGGAGGAAUAUUCAUAGGUUGUUGUUCGACACGGUUAUUCCUGAACGGAACGAGUUGUUCUUGCCUGGCAGAAUGGCGUAUGUGAAGGCGUUUGACGAACCUAUUUUCAAUGACGCUGGCGAUUAUGACCCGCAUUACGGUUCCGACAAGAAGAAACCUAUCCGAGACAAAGAUUCUUACUUCGACAAGCCUGUCGCUGAAAUGGAAGCCGAAGAGCGACGUAAAGAAAAAGAAAUGCAGGACAAAUACGAUUGGAAGAAUAUCCGAAAACAAAAGGAAGUUUCGGAUGCUGUUGUUAAUGAAAAGAAACAAAUUGAAGCAGAGAAGAAGCGUCAAAAGCAGAUCAUGUCUCGCUUGGAUACAGUUGGUUACGCUGAGUGUUAUCCUGGGCUGGAAGAAAUGAACGAUGCGAUUGAAGAUUCGGACGACGAAGCCGACUACACAAAGAUGGACAUGGGCAACAAAAAAGGUCCAGUUGGGCGAUGGGAUUUCGAUACGCAAGAAGAAUACAGUGAUUACAUGAGUCAAAAGGAAGCGUUGCCGAAAGCUGCCUUCCAAUAUGGUGUCAAGAUGGCCGAUGGUCGCAAGAGCAAGAAAUUGCCGAAAAAUGAUAAGAACGAACGUGCGGAACUCGAUCGGGAGUGGAAGAAAAUUCAAGGAAUGCUCGAAAAGCGAAAAGCUGGGGGCGGUAGUUCUUCAGGUAAGUUGGUGGUGUACUCCUGCUUGAUGGUUUUCACUGCGCUAUUCGCAUUAAAGCUGGAUGGAAGUAUAAAAUGGAGCUUCUGGACCGUUUUUCUGCCUCUUUGGAUCUGGAAAUUGCUUGUAUUUGCUGGUGGACUAGUCGGAAGCAUAGUUUGGCUCAAAUCGCAGGCAAGGCGGGAGGGAGAUAUGGAUGUCGAGUUUAAGGCGAUGAUCGUCUGCCUCGGAAUGCAUGUCUUGCUGGUGAUGUUCGAAGUCCUCGUUUGCGCCCAGCUUGAAUCGGGUUCGAAGCGUUACCUCUGGACCCUGACAUUCGUUCCUCUCCUACUUUUGUCGCUCGUUUCCAUUGCUGUUUGUCUGUGGGCAGUGAAGCACGAUCGGGCUUUUGAACUGGAGCUUUUUUGCUCCGUGAAUGUUGUCCAGUUCGUUUUCCUUGCGCUCAAGCUCGAUGGGUACAUUACAUGGAGUUGGGAAGUAGUCUUUAUCCCGCUGUGGAUAAUUAUGUGUGUCUCGCUGGUUGCCGUGCUCUACUCGCUGGUUUUUGCGUCCCUCCUGUGGCGAACGACUGAAGUGAAUCAGCACGACAGACGUGCCUCUUUGCAUACAGCCAUCGCUUAUGCAUUUCUUGUCCUUCCUACGCUCGUUUUCCAGGUUUGUUCACCCCGUCUUCGAAAAGAGAUGCCAAUUGGAGACUCAGCGAACCAUGUACUUCUGGCAAACAAGUUGGACGGACAAGAAGCAUCCUUCAGUUUCCUUGCGGUUGUCACGCCCCUGUUCGUUUCGUUCGCAACGCUGAUUUUCCUUGCGUUUGAGUCCAAAAGUGGAAAUCAUUGGUGGUUUGGCAUCAGGAAGGAUUUCUGUCAAUUUCUACUAGGAAUUUGUCCGUGUUUGCAAGAAUAUGGCAAUGUAUCAUAUUCUUUACAAUCUCCGAGCGAAGGACGGCGAUCAAGUCGACGUGGACGAGACUCCAUGGAUGGAAACACUGAUCGGUCCGUCGGAAAUGUUUCCCGCCUCAAGAAACCCGAACUGCGGGCAGUUAUGCCAGUUGUCCACAUUGACAUGCCUGACUGAAAUGGUGCAGCGAAGAAUCGUAUUUUGUUUCAUAGCUGCGGUAAAGGAGGAAAUCUCUGACGCAAUUUGGCUGUGUGCAUGCUUCUCCUUCAGACAAGAUGCUGUGGAAAGUCUUAAGAAAACUUUGUAAAGUGUAUCACGAAUUUAUCUAGUCAGUGAUGUGUGGUUGGUGCAUUUUUAUUGGAUUGCGUGUUUGGGUUUGUGAGCGACGAUUAAUUUUUUCUGUUGUGCGAGAAGUACGAGAACAUGAUUUCGUUGCACAUUU